AUGGAAGUGAAGAUACUUGUUAAGGGAACCAGCACAAAUCCCACCAAGUCGCAGCCCGACGUGUCCCUAAUCCAGCCGGGCGCUGCCCCGGGCCGGGGCUCCGGCGCCUGCAGGCCGCUGAACGCGGGAUUCCGGGGGGAAACCCCUCGCAGGCGGCGCCGGGCCCUGCUUGCCGCUGCCAGCCCCGGCCGGAGCUCCGGCAGCGAGGCUGCGCACACCGGGCUCGCUCGUCUCGACCGAGCGCAGGCGGCUCCGGCCUUCCAGCGGCCCCGGGGCAGGGCACGGCACGGCCCCGGCCCGCUCCCCUCACACCGCCGCCCGGCUUCGGCUCCCCGCACCCUCCCCGCCAGCCGGACCCGCUCCGCUCGGCUGGGCUCACCGGCGGGUCUCGCUGCUCCCCCGCAGCAGCCCCGAGCCGCGGAGCCGCUCCUCUGCCAGCGGCCGCCGUCACCUGAUCACCCGGAAGCCCGGCCCUGGCGGAAGGGACCGGGCUCCCCGCCGCCGCGCCGGGCCGUGGGGCCGCGUUCCGCCUGCCAGGGGCUACCCUGUGGGGCGGUGCCUUGGAAACGGGGCCGCGGCGGCUGGGCCCUGCGCGGGGUGCCCCGGGUGGCAGCGCGGCUCCCGGGCAAGGUCCGGUCAGAGCUGCCGGGCUGCCCGCCCUGGCCCCGAGCCCCCCGACCCGACUCCCCGGGCCCGUUGUGA